UUAAAUGCUCGAAACAGACCUUCGAUAAAUUAUCUGUAUUUAUGAAACCCAAUUAAAUGGUUGGUUUAAUACAAAUGUAUUCAUCAUGACAAUAAGCUGAUUGUUUUUGUUAAAAUAUUUUUGCAUUAACAUGCGCGCACUUUCUCCACUGCCACACCACAGACAUCUUCCAGAGACUAGUUUACGCCCUCAGUCAGCCAGAUCCCAGUCCCCUGCGUUUGACAACCCCAAUAUCAACACCUCCCAACCCUCCUCCUCCUUCUCCUCCUCCUCCUCUUCUUCCUCCUUUUACACACCGGCUCGCAGCCACCCACCCAGUCAGUCACUUCAAGUGCGAGCGGCCAGCUGAAGCCCAGGACGCAAACAAACAGACCCCGGAGCAGCCAGUGCGAUCCUGCCGCGCGUUUUGGCUCAUUUCAAAGACACCAGAACACAAGAGGAGAAUGGGACGCCGAUGCUUGGAUCAGGACUAAGUCUGGUCGGCACGUUGAGAGCUCUUCCGACCCGUUUCCAAGUCCUUUUCUACCGGCUCAGGGUCACGUUUCCACCGCUGACACAAUGGGCUGCUGCAGCGGACGAUGCACUCUUAUCUUCAUCUGCACUUUACAGUUGGUGCUGGCUUUAGAAAGACAGGUAUUUGAUUUUCUGGGUUACCAGUGGGCCCCAAUCCUCGCCAACUUCUUCCACAUCAUCAUCGUCAUCCUCGGCCUCUUUGGCACCAUCCAGUACCGGCCGCGCUACAUUGUGGUGUAUACAGUAUGGGCUGCUCUGUGGGUGGCCUGGAAUGUCUUCAUCAUCUGUUUCUACCUGGAUGUAGGAGGUCUGUCCAAGGACAAUGACCUGCUAACUUUUAACAUCUCAGCCCAUCACUCUUGGUGGAGCGAACACGGACCGGGCUGCGUGAGGAGAGAGAUGCCACAGGCCCCAGGGGUCCGCACCACCGAGAGCCACUCCUACAUCACUGUCAUGGGCUGCCUCAUGGAUUACCAGUACAUCGAGGUUGUGCAUAGCGGCACACAGAUUCUUGUUGCUCUCCUGGGCUUCGUGUACGCCUGCUAUGUUGUCAGCGCUAUCACUGAGGAGGAGGACAGCUUUGAUUUUAUUGGUGGAUUUGACCCAUUCCCACUCUACCAUGUCAAUAAGAAACCUUCUCAUCUCCUCUUAAAGCCCAUGUACCUGUCUACGUAAAUAGGCGAGUGUCCAACAGGGAGGUGACACAGCAAGUUCCCACGGAUACAAAAUGGCUGUUUUGACACAAACAUCCUAGUGCAUGGGGGCACGCCACGCAUUCCUCCUCUUCUUGAUUUCAGUAGUUUAACCAUGUCGUUUACUGGUGCGCUGCCCAGAAAAGCCAACACUUCUCAGUUAGGGUCCAUUGUUUUCCGGGGAGGGAUGACGGGUUCAGGGAAAAGGGGAGAUUACAGUGCAACAAAGCCUCACAUUGUGUGUUUGGGGUUGUAUCAAUCAUUAUUUUUUGUAUUGAGUUUUCUGCUGAAGUCCUAUUGGUGUGACCUGCUUAUACUGGUUUAAUACUGCCCAAGAACAUGACUGUAUACAUGUACAGCAUAUAAAUACAUUGUGUAUGUAAUCAGGGACUGCCCAGCAUUUCCAGUCUGUGGUACUGUGUCUUAGAGGACUCAGUGAUUUAGCAUGUUAUUGCUGGUUUGGCUCAGAUCUUGGCCAGAGGGCUGAAUUACAGUGGAGUCUGUGGAAUGAGCUAUUGUGCGCUGCCUGUUUACUUUAGGCCAGGAUCUCUGUGCAUAAAUACAAAAGUAAACCAGGAAGAGGCAGGGGAGUGGAGAGGUGGAAAGCGGGGAGGGAACAAAAGCUCCAAACCUACAGGGGCAUCCGUCAAAAAUAGAAAAUGUAAAUAAUGAAACCGGGGGGGGGGGGUUGAAUUCAGAGUCUGAAAUGUGAACUAUCAAGAAUGCAAAAGAGCGUUAGCAUGUAAGAGGUGUUCAGACACAAGGAACGUCUUACUUUUGUUUCUCCAGUCUUAUAAUUGUGACUGUUUUCACCAACAACCAAGUCAGUAUUCUUAUUUUCUUUUUCUUUUUUUUGUGUGUGUGACCAGUGUUUUAUCUAUUUCCUACAUGAUUUACAGGUGUACAUCAACAAGUGACCACUGUCAGUAGCAUAACAUGUAGGCAUAUCAGGGCAUUAGCAGACAGGUUAUUAAAACAGAUGAGAAAACAAAUAAAAUAUUCCCUUUAAUAAAUUCAAAAACUCUCUCUCCAUAUAUAUAUAUACACACACACAUAUAUACAUAUGCAUAUACUCAUAUAUAUAUAUAUAUAUAUACAAACACAAACAAGCACAUACGAUAGGAAAUCGUAACAAUUUAAUUGCAGUACAGCCAAGCUGUUAUGACAAAAACAGUAACAGAUACAGAAAGCCUACACCUGAACCUUCCCCAGGGGUCUGUCUCUAAUGUCCACUGUACACGCAGAAUAUUUCCUAAAUAGUGUGUUGCAGAGUAAAUAAAAAAACAAAACAAAAUAAGAAUAAAAAUCGACAUCAUGUUUCUAGCUAAAUGGAAUGCCUCUUCAAAUAUAACCUGGCCCGUCCCGACGGAGAGCUCUGCGGAUAAGAUCUCUGUUUAAGUGUGAUUCCAGUCGAGCACCAAGUCAGUAUUUCUGAAGUGUCAGAUGCUUUGUUAGAAGAUGUGCUGACGGUUUUGUUGUCAUUUUCAGUUCUUCUCUUCUAACCGUUGACAGAGGUGAUCAUUAUCCACGCUCUCAAGCAAAGGCUACACAGCAUAUUUUCAACUGUAAGAAAAACAAUAGAAAUUGUUUUAUUGUUCAUAUUGCACACAAACAGUGCUGAGUUGUAUGAAUAUGGUCUUCAGUGUAGAGGCAGCUUGGCUGAACCAGAGCGUCGCCCGCCCUGCUCAGCGGCUUAGAUUCUCACUGGUGGUAGUAUCAGUUAUGAUUGUUUUAUAGCAUGUUUUUUUUUUUCAGGGUUUGUAUUGUAAUUAUGUGUAUGAAGAUGACAAAGGAGCAAAACUGUUCUUCAUCUUGCCAUAAUUGAGCUGGUUGAACGUUAACCGAAAGCUCCCUCUGAGUAGUUUCUCACUCAGAUUUAUUAUGUUUUUAUCCAGCAACAUAAUGCAUCUUUAUUUUAGGCUAAAGUGCACACACGUGGGCCAUAUACUGAUUGGUAGCACUAUUUCUUUGUUAAUAUUAAUAAAUCUGUCAGAACAAAGUCGUUUUUUUUUUUUUUUUGAGUCAGAUCCCCUGUCGCCUUACUGUGUGUGUGUGAGUGAAUCACUACUGCUCUCUGGUGUUCAGAGUGUUCAUGUACAAGUUGCAAAGCUCCAGAGUUUCUGCUGCAGGUAUCCUCCACCAUAAAGCUCUGUGUUUUGUCUUAAUACUGUUUAGUUUUUCUGUAAGCAGCAAGUCGACAGUAACAGCAAGUCUUCGGCUGGUGUGUUUGUGCUGGAUAUUCGUCAUGUAGGGGGAGUCUGCGCUUUUCGCUUGUUCUUUCACUGUUUCACUCAUUUUUGUCUUUGUCGUUUAGAAUAAGCUCUUUUGUUACUGUGUUUCUUGGUGCUAAGUUUGAAAUUGUCUGCUUGGCUUAUUUUAUAAUCAAAGGAGCUGCGAUCAAAAGAAGUAGCUUUUUGUUCUCAGUCCUGUUUUGUCAGCACCUAAAAAUAUCCUACAGCGUCUAAGAUUCCUCUGCGAUAUUAGAUGUUCUCCACUGCCAGAUAGACAGAAAACAGAGAGAGAAUCAUCUGACCAUUUCUGCUGGCCAGUUUUAGAAUGAUGAGAGUGAACCUUGUUGAUUCGAUUGGUCACCUUUCUAUUGGCAAGAUGCAAUAAUUUAUGUCAUUAUCGUCUUUAGGAUUUAAAGUCCCCACAAUCCUGUCAGACUAACUGUUGUGUGGGUUAGUUGAAACAUAAAGCACCUCGCAUUGUAUCAGUAUUAGUAGUAAAUGCUACUAAAAUUACUGUGUAAAAACUAGUCUUCCUCUCAGUGCAAUACAGCCUCUUCCUCAACCCCGAUGACUGGAAUUAGUUGAAUCCUGUUAUGGUUGUGUAUGUAUGUGCUAGUCUCCACUGAAAAAGUUUCCAUUUGUUUGUAGAUAAUUCUUUUUCUUUGUAUAGAAAGUUAGAAAGUGGAAAACAUCUUUUCUUUUUUUUCUUUUUUUGUAUAUCUCUCUGCUAUUUUGUGACCUGUGUUGCCCCAACCCCAUGUGAACUGAUUGUGUAAUCCUAUUUAUCCAGAACUGUGCUUUUGUGUUCAUGUAAAUAGGUGUUUGUUAAUAAAAGAAUCUGUUCUUUUAAA